AUGCGCCGCUCCAAGGACCUCAAGUCCACCAGCGGAGGAGACCCCUCGGACCUUGUCAAGCCCUCUGCUGCAGGAGGCCUUGCUGCGGGCUUUGAUGUGUCUAAGGUUCGCGGCGCUAUCACGCCGGGACGCUCUCGGGGGAAGGCUGGCGGGACCUCGUUCCGGGCGGCUGAGAAGAGCUUGCUGCCCGAUCUUGAGACGACGGUGAUGGAUUUGAAGCUGGAUCUGAAAGCAGCAGCAGGCGCGGGCGCAGGCUCGUCUCGCUUUGAGGAGCUUCGGCAGAAGCAGUCUGCUUCAGCUGCUGCUGCCGCUGCCAUUGCUGCUGCUGUCAGUGGUGCUGCUUCUGGCAGUGCUGCUGCUGCUGCUGCUGCUGCUGCUGCUGCUGCUGCUGCUGCUGCUGCUGGUGCUGGUGUGGAAACUCCAAGGCGAGGCAGCCAGGCGAAGAGCCCAUGGCGCAACUCUAAAGACCGAAGGCGGAUGUCUUAUAGCGACCUUGGGGGCCUGGCCUCUCUUUAUAGCACCGAGGGGCCGGGGCUGGGAGGCCGAGGGCCGGUGAGAGAGGGGGGGAUUAGGCGAUCCGGCCAGGAGAUUUGCUCUCUGCAGGAGCGGUACUUGGUUAAGCAGGAGAUCGGGAGCGGAUCGUAUGGGAUGAUUCGUGCGGUGCGGGAGAAGGAGACGGGGAAGACGUGGGCGUGCAAGAGCAUUGGCAAGGAGCAGAUACAGGUGAGUGAGAAAGAGUUGGAGAAUGGUGUUGCAGUCCAAACACGAUCCCUCCCUCCCCCAUUUCCCCAAUCUCCUGUUGCCCUACUCUCCCAUUCCCGCACUCCUCCAUUCCCCCAUUCCCCCACUCACCCACUGCUUCGUUCUCCACUCUCCAAGUACCCUCAGACCAAGGCAGCGGGGGCAUCGCCCUCACCCCCCUGGAUCUCCCCCUUCCCCCCCACUCUCCUGCUAUCCGAUUCCCCCACUUCCGCAUGUCCACCGCCAGACCAAGGCAGCAGUGGCAGCGCUGCGGCAGGAAGUGGCAGUGAUGCAGCUGCUGAAGGGGCAUCCGCAUGUGGUGGAGAUCAAAGAGACGGACCCGCACUGAAGUCAACACCCUCGCUACCCGCCUUCUUCCCGUCCCUCAAACCUCCUCUCACGCCCCCUCUCCCAUCCCACGUCGCCCCACCCUCCCACACCCCCUCUGUCAUCCCACGUCGUCCCCACCCCCCCCCCCACCAGCACGUGCACAUCAUCAUGCAGCUGUGCCAGGGCGGGGACCUGUUCGACCGCAUCAAGCAGCGCAGCCGCUACGAGGAGAGGCCCGCAGCGGCCGUGCUGCAGCAGCUGGCGCUGGUGCUGCGCGCGUGCCACUCCCUGGGGGUCAUGCACCGCGAUGUCAAGCCCGAGAACCUGCUGCUCUGCUCGCCCUCCGAUGACAUUGCUGUCAAAGUCACGGAUUUCGGAAUCGCUGCUACGAUCAAGUCAGGUGGGGCGUCGGGUUUUUCCCCCACGAGUGAAGUUGCUGUCAAGAUCACGGAUUUCGGGAUUGCAGCGUCAAUCAAAUCAGGCGCCAAGCUCACAGAGUUCAUAGGGUCCCACAUGUACAUGGCACCAGAAGUGAUCAACAAAAGCUACAGUGCCGAAGCCGACGUCUGGUCGGCGGGAGUCGUCCUGUACGUGCUUCUGGCCGGCGUGCCGCCCUUCUGGGCGUCAACAGAGUCUGGAGUGCUGGAUGCAAUCGUAUCCAAGCCUCUCAACCUCUCCUUCCCUCCGUGGCCUUCCAUAUCCGCGGAGGCCAAGGACCUUAUAAAAGAGAUGCUUAAGAAAGACCCAGCGGAGCGAAUCACACUGGAUGCACACUCACACCCUUUUCCCCUCCCUCCCUCUCUCUCACUCCCUCCCUCCCUCCCUCCCUCCCUCCCUCCCUCCCUCCCUCCCUCCCUCCCUCCCUCCCUCCCUCCCUCCCUCCCUCCCUCUCUCCCUCCCUCCCUCCCUCCCUCCCUCCCUCUCUCCCUCCCUCCCUCCCUCCCUCCCUCGCUCCCUCCCUCCCUCGCUCCCUCCCUCCCUCCCUCCCUCCCUCCCUCCCUCCCUCCCUCCCUCCCUCCGUCCCUCCCUCCCUCCCUCCCUCCCUCCCUCCCUCCCUCCCUCCCUCCCUCCCUCCCUCCCUCCCUCCCUCCCUCCCUCCCCACUCCCUUCUCCCUCCGUUCUUCCCUGCCUCUCCGCCCCCACACACCUCAAUCCCUCUCUCUCUCGUACAUAUGCCCCAUGCGCCCCAUGUCAGAGCAUCCUUGGAUCAAGGCCCAUACUGCACUCCUGUGA